AUGCGUUUCCAAGCCAUCAUUGCCUCCGUCUUCGUCUUGACCUCCCUCGCCGCCGCUCAAGCUCCCCCCACCGCCCCUACUGAUCCCCUGGCCUGCGGUAGCUGUCUCGAUAAGGGUGCCGAGUCCCUGAACGGCAGCUGUGCCGGUCUAUCUGGCCUGACCCAGCCCCCCAACAUGGUCGGCCAGCUAACUGAUGCCCAGAAGAAGUGUCUCUGCGCGAUUGCAUCGUCCUCGACCUGGCUCAACGAGUGCGCCAAGCCCGAGGUCUGUGGUCAGGCCAUCACCCAGGGUCUUCUCCAAUCCUAUGCUGCUCUCAAGACCCAGGUCUGCCCCGCUGGCAGUGUUUCAACCACAGGAAAUGCCGGCAACUCGUGCAUCGGCUCAAAGUCCGCUGCUGCUAGGUUGACCGUAGCUGCCGUUGCUGUUCUUGGUGCUCUCCUUUAA